UUCUUUUAAUUAAAUAUUUGAUGUCACCCUCAUUAUAAAUUUGAUAAGCCAAUCUGUCCUCAUACAUGAUUACAAAAACUCCGAUAUUGAGUGAGUGAUCCAAUUAAUCGCCGUCGAUAAUUUAAUUAGACCCCAUCGGGCUGGACUAUUGUGUACUGACCCUAUCGUCUGACAUUUUGGACACAUACGCCAUCCACAUUUCAUUAUACAAACGGCAAUCAGGGUUUGACAUAUUAAUAGAAGGUCGUAAUUGGUAACUUCAGGUCACCGACCAUUUGUAAUAGGCGCGCCUCGUGAUUUAUUAAAUGGUCCAUUCAUGAUCCAUCAAAACUUCACAUGUGUUUGACAUCUAUUUUAGAAACGUAUUCAGCCUUUUUGUCAAAUAUCUUGUUUGUAUAAAUAUUCUGUCAACAUUCAUGACAUACAUCAAUCAAAAUUAAUAACAAAAAUAUAUAAAACCCAAAAAAAUUACAAGUUUGAAUGAUAAAUUGAAGAAAUAUACAUAAAAUGGCUUGUGCCACACCGUGUUCCCUCUUGAUGCAGAGUUACUUUUUGUACUCUGCGUUGCUAGCGCUAAAGCUGCUUGCAUUAGCUCCUAUGGCAGCGAUUGUGUGCCAUCCUGAAAAGGUGCAACGUGCUAAUAUCAGUGAUCUGAAAAACUUAACGCCUUUCUGGCUGGUGGCCGCGCUGUACAUGACCACAUCUCCUGACGAAGCAACAGCGAUAGCACUUCUUCGUGUUUACGUAAUAGCUCGAUUUAUAGCUGCCGUAGGAUACGUCCAAAGACUGCCUAAGACGGCAACUGAGCUCGCGUUCUUCGUGUCGUUCGCAAUAACAAGUUUUAUGGGCUCAUGGGUGGUAUAUACUUACAGAGCAGCAUUGUAAAAAAUACCGGAAUUGUUAAACAAAAAUGGUUGUGCAUUUGGAAUUCAUAUGAACAAUGUGUUGUACGAUUUAUGGGGCCAUAAAAGGAACAAAAAUCAUGUAUAUUUUUGUCAAUAUAAUGUAAAACUUUAUCAAGAGCGGCGUUGUUUCUUAUUUUUAUUUGAACUACAUAUCAUGUUGGGUCUGUCUUUUUUCAAAUGUUGUAUAUUAAUGGCGUUUCAUAAUAAUAAUACCAUCACAAGUGAA